AGAGAGUGUGGGAGGAGCCAGACGGGAUUGGCCGAGCCGCCUCUGUCGUCAUCGAAGGGCUGCUUCCUGUGGAGCAACUGCCGGAGGCCGGAGGCUCGGCUGGGUCUGCAGGAGAGGGGGGCACCUCCAGUCCUGUCCCACCAUGUCUGGGAUUGGGAACAAACGGGUGGCUUCGGAGGCCAGUCCCUCCGGACCUCCGGAGAAGAAAGCGGGUGUCGAAGACUCGGGAACCACAGUGGAGACCAUUAAACUUGGUGGCGUCUCCUCAACGGAAGAACUGGACAUCCGCACCCUCCAGACCAAGAACCGGAAGCUGGCAGAGAUGCUGGACCAGCGGCAGGCUAUCGAAGAUGAGUUGCGGGAGCACAUAGAGAAGCUGGAAAGGCGGCAGGCCACGGACGAUGCGUCACUGCUGAUUGUCAAUCGCUACUGGAGCCAGUUCGACGAGAAUAUUCGCAUCAUUUUGAAGCGCUACGACUUGGACCAAGGCCUCGGUGACCUUCUGUCGGAACGGAAAGCCCUGGUGGUGCCAGAACCGGAACCCGAUUCGGACAGUAACCAGGAGCGCAAAGAAGAGCGGGAGAGAGGAGAGAUCUUUGAGCCGGCCUUCUCUUUUCUGGCUACGCUGGCCAGCAGCACCAGCGAGGAAAUGGAAUCUCAGUUGCAGGAGCGCGUGGAGUCUUCUCGCCGGGUCGUCACGCAGAUUGUGACCAUGUACGAUAAGCUCCAGGAGAGGGUGGAUGUGCUCUCCCAGAAGCUGAACAGCGGAGAUGUUUCUCUGAUGGAAGAGGCUCUCCAGGAGCUGAACUCCUACCUGGCAAACGAGAACAAGCGACUGCAAGAACUGGCCGAUUUACUCCAGGAAAAGCACCGCACCAUGUCUCAGGAGUUUGCUAAAUUGCAAAGGAAAGUGGAGAUGGCGGAGUCUCGCGUUUCUGUACUGGAGACCAUGAUUGACGACCUGCAGUGGGACAUCGACAAGAUCCGCAAGCGGGAGCAGAGGCUGAACAGGCACCUGGCAGAUGUCUUGGAGCGGGUGAACUCAAAAGGGUACAAGGUGUAUGGAGCAGGAAGCAGCCUGUAUGGGGGUACAAUCACGAUCAACUCUCGGAAGUUUGAGGAGAUGAAUGCCGAACUCGAGGAAAACAAGGAGCUUGCCCAGAACCGCCUGAGCGAGCUCGAUAAGUUGCGUCAGGAUCUUGAGGAAGUGACCACGCAGAACGACAAGUUGAAGGUGGACCUGAGGCGGGCAGUGGAGGAGGUGGUGAAGGAAACACCAGAGUACCGCUGCAUGCAGUCCCAGUUCUCCGUUUUGUACAAUGAGAGCCUGCAACUGAAAUCUCAGCUAGACGAGGCCCGAACGCUGCUUCACGGCACCCGGGGUACCCACCAGCGCCAGGUGGAGCUCAUUGAGCGGGAUGAAGUCAGCCUGCACAAGAAGCUGCGAACAGAGGUCAUUCAGCUCGAAGACACCCUUGCCCAGGUCCGCAAGGAGUACGAGAUGUUGCGGAUAGAGUUUGAGCAGACGCUUGCCGCUAACGAACAAGCAGGUCCUAUCAAUCGGGAGAUGCGGCACCUCAUCAGCAGCCUCCAGAACCACAACCACCAGCUGAAAGGGGAGGUCCUGAGAUACAAGCGGAAGCUACGGGAGGCACAGUCUGAUCUGAGCAAGACCCGUUCCCGCAGCGGGAGCGCCCUCCUGCACUCCCAGUCCAGCACGGAGGACCCCAAGGAGGAGCCGCUGGAGAUCAAGCAGGACGCCGACGACCCUUCUUCUUCUUCCCAGGGCUCUGCCUCCAAGGGCCCCUCCGAGGACGCGCUGGAGAGCAAAGCGAAACGGGACGAAGAGGAGCGGGAGCGGGAGCGUCGGGAGAAGGAGCGGGAGCGGGAGAAGGAAAAGGAGAAAGAGAAGGAGCGGGAACGGGAGAAGGAGAAGGAGAAAGAGAGGGAGCGGCAGAAGCAGAAGGAGUCCGAGAAGGAGAGGGAGUCCAGUAAAGACAAGGACAAGGGGAAGCACGACGAUGGCAGGAAGAAGGAAGCCGAGUUGGUCAAGCAGCUGAAGGCGGAUCUAAAGAAGGCUCAAGAAAGCCAGAAGGAAAUGAAAUUGCUUUUGGAUAUGUACCGCUCUGCCCCGAAGGAGCAGAGAGACAAAGUCCAACUGAUGGCUGCAGAGAAGAAGGCCAAAGCUGAGUUGGAGGAGCUGAGGCAGAGGGUGAAGGAACUGGAGGACAAGGAGAAGAAAGAGAGCAAAAAAAUGGCAGACGAGGACGCGCUUCGGAAGAUCCGGGCUGUGGAGGAACAGAUAGAAUACCUGCAGAAGAAACUCGCCAUGGCUAAGCAGGAAGAGGAGGCGCUGCUCUCCGAAAUGGACGUGACUGGCCAGGCCUUUGAGGACAUGCAGGAACAGAACAUCCGCCUGAUGCAGCAGCUCAGAGAGAAGGACGACGCCAACUUCAAGCUCAUGUCGGAGCGCAUCAAAUCCAACCAGAUCCACAAGUUGCUGAAAGAAGAGAAGGAGGAGCUGGCAGACCAGGUGCUCACCUUGAAGACACAGGUGGAUGCCCAGUUGCAAGUUGUACGCAAGCUAGAGGAGAAAGAGCACCUCCUGCAGAGCAACAUUGGCACAGGAGAAAAGGAGCUGGGCUUGCGAACCCAGGCCCUUGAAAUGAACAAGCGGAAGGCUAUGGAUGCGGCCCAGCUGGCUGAUGACCUUCGGGCGCAGCUGGAGCUGGCGCAGAAGAAGCUGCACGACUUCCAGGAUGAGAUCGUGGAGAACAGUGUGACCAAGGAGAAAGACAUGUUCAACUUCAAGCGAGCCCAGGAAGACAUCUCGAGGCUGCGGAGGAAACUGGAGACCACCAAGAAACCUGACAUGGUUCCCAACUGCGAUGAGAUCCUUAUGGAGGAGAUCAAAGAUUACAAGGGCCGCCUGACCUGCCCCUGCUGCAACAUGCGCAAGAAGGAUGCUGUGCUCACCAAGUGCUUCCACGUCUUCUGCUUUGAGUGCGUGAAAACGCGCUACGACACCCGGCAGCGCAAGUGCCCCAAGUGCAACGCUGCCUUCGGGGCCAACGACUUCCAUCGCAUCUACAUUGGCUGAGCCUUCCGAGUUGCAGGAGGCCAGAGAACCCUCUCUUGCUGCCAACCACCAUAUUCGUUUCCCAUCAGCAGGCUGGCUACUGCCCCUCUCUUUCACCCAUUUUCUUUUCUUUUUGUAAUGGCAGAUCCCUUUUGGCUGGAGGGUACAGUCGGGUUAUUGUUAAUUAUUUUUUUGUACUCUUGGCUUUUGUUUUUUUUAAUCUUCAGGGGGUCCCUUCCCCCACUGGCUUUUCCUUUAGGCACAGCCCAGCCACAAAGCCAGUCAUCAACCGUUGCCUGUGCCUGUUAUAGAUGGUUGUUGUGGAGACACGGUGUAUGCUUUCGGCCCUGAUGCGAAUUGGCCUGUGGCUUAAACCAAACAGCAACCUUAAAACUGGGAAGUCGGCUUGGAAGUAGUUUUCAUCAAACUUUCUCAUCGCUUUAAGUUCCUUUACUUUCUAAUAAAGGAGAAAACUCUUCUUCCCGGU